AUGAAUUCUCUCAUCCACGCUACGAGCUUGAUUUCCGACGCAUGCCUCAACGCGGAGAAGCUGCCAAGGGCCCUGAUCUUGUGUGGCGUCGUCAAAGCCGCCGCCGCGCUCUGCCUAAUCAUUUUCAAAGCUCCAGGAGGCAUAUUUCUCCACCAUGGCAAGGCUCCAUUCUUCUUGUACUACGGCAUUCUCAUCGCCGUAGUCGUCUUCGGGCUCAUCGAGGCGUCAACCGGCUUCUGGGUGUCAGGCGACGUGGUCGGAAGGCGUGCUGCCGGGAAGACGUUCCUGUUUGUGUCCAUCCUACCCCUCGUCAUCGUCAUUGCGUUGGGAGGCUUUGCCAUGCUGAACUUGAAAUAG